UUUAUUUAUGUUGAUAUUUGCAGUUGGUUUAUUUUAGGUUCUAAAUAUUUAAAAAAUUUCAAAAUAAUGGCAGAAGAUGACCCCUCAUAUAAAUCAGCGCGUUCGAAAGACGACGACAAGGAUUCCGACGAUGAUUCCUCUUCGAGAUUACAAUUAGACUUAGGCGAUGAUUCUCCCCACAGUACCAGAGAUUUAAAUAGGUUAGGGAAUCAAAAUGUUCCAUUACCAGCGUCUAGUUCCAACAAUAACGAAACUCACAAGCGAGAAGACAAUCCUUUUUCGUUUAAACAUUUCCUCCGGAGCGAUUCCGCGAAUUCUAAUUACCAAGCCAAAGGCGCCAGGCCGAAGACCUACGAGCACCGUUCGUCUUCCUUGAAUUACGGAAAUAAUCCACCGGAAUCGAAACCAGCCAGAGUGCUUCCCGAAUACUCGUCAGCUCUACCAGACUUCGUUCAGGACCAUUUAGUCAUCGAACAGUGCUAUUUAGGAGGGAAUACCAACACCGAGCACUACAGUUUGGAUGUGAAUAAUCUACCCGACUUUACGCCUUCCAGAGAAACCCGAAACAAUGGUGUUACUAUCGAUAGUAGCCACUCGAGGGAUCCUCUCGAUUUGCCUAUGAGAUCGCAGGACUCGUUUCCUUUGGACUUGCCUGUAGGAGGUCCCAGCUCGAGUCGUUCUAGAAACGGAUCGGUUAGCGAGGUUGGAAAUUCCAAGAGCCUGCCGGAUUUUCUCACGGAUAGCGCGGUGUGUUCGCAGAUAAAUGAAACGCUAUCAGUGCCCCACAGUCCCGAGGGAGAGUUGGAAAGACUGAGAAGCGAAUUGGACCUCGCGAAAAGACAUUUGGCCGAUAAAACUAGAUUAUGUGAUAGUUUAAAUAGGGAAUUAGACGCCACUAGGAAUAGGGAGCGGGAGUAUAAUCAAAAUCUGGCCAGGGCACUGGAGAAAGUCGAGGAUAAUUUAGAAAAAAGUAACAAAAGAGCCGCUGCCGCUGAAAAUAUGGUGAUAAAAUUGAAACAUGAAGUUAAAUCUUUGACUGCCGAACUCAACAUAUUGAAGAUACAAAACCCGCCAGGGCCUGGCGAAGAAGCCGCUGGUGGUCAAGGCUACAGUAAUUUGAAUUUCUACCGGUUAGCGCAAGAAUUGAGAAGUGCCGCCGGUUCGGCGGAGCAUUCCCUAAGGCAAUUGCUUACCGGCGUUGAUAAUUUGCGAAUAAUGGCCGCUUCUUUGGAGAAUGUGCAUAGAUUAGAAGAGACCAGCGAUCACUUUUCGAAUUUCGACGAAGGCGCUGGACCGGCACUGUAAAAAUUCUUUUAUACACCGGCUCCCAUGUUUUUUUAUCGUAGUAUUAUAUUAUUAAGUGAUGUACAUAAAUAAUUUUAUUUAUUGUUACAUUGAAAAAUUUUGAUACAUGUGAUUUUAUUUAAUUUAUAAAUAUGUAAUUGAUUGUUAGUACUUGCCGUAAUUGUAUGAAUCGGACGGUGGUUGAAUUUCACCUUGUUUUGAGAAGGUGUUGGAUUUUUUCAUAUCGCUAGAUAUCUUGAGUACUGCAAUGUUAUUAACGAAUUCCGAUGUCGAUACGUGUUUAUUCUAUUGCUUAUAUCUCGUAGAUUGCGAUACUUAAAGAUCCUAGAAUCUCUUAUCAAAUGUUUCGUUGAAAGAAAUUGUUUUAUGAGUUUAGUUCGCUGUAAAUUCGUCAAUGGAAACCCAGUAUCUUAUUUCGAACGUGAUAUACGGUUACCAGUGCCAUUCGGUUUAUGUUCUUGCAUCGAAUGGAUUUUAACUAAAUUACCUACGUUUACAUCAACAGUUUAUUUUGUUUUAAGUAAAUUUUAAUUUCUCUUUUGUCACUUUUUUAAUUACUUAUUAACCUUAUCACAACAGUUACACCUACAGUUAUUCUACUUAUUAAUGAUUGUUUUACAGGAAUGAUUCACGUCACGUUUUCAAUCUCAG